AUGAGAGGUGUCUCGAACCCGCACCAAGCGGGGUUCUUGCCUGGGGAGUUGGGAUCCUUAACUCCGCGCUUGGUGCCUCGUGCUCCCACUUCGCCAAAGGCGGUGCGGAAGUUGCGGCAUCACUCUGAAGUGCCGAGCAAAGAGGUUCUUCCUUUGGCUGCGUUGCCACUCUGGGUUGGCACAGCGACUUGUGAGGAAGUGCCAGUGAAGAGCAUCAAAGCAGUAGUGCCGGAAGACCUGCAUCAACAUGAAGACGUGUCCUUGAUUGACGAAGCAGAGGCAGAUGCUUCGUUCUGUUCCGCACACGAGCGCUUCGUAGAAGCAGCUGAAAAUCUGGAGCAGGCCAUCAGCAUUCGUCAGCAGCUUCUUGGAGAUGACCAUGAGGAGUUUCUACGGUCCAUUGAAAGCUACGUUGCUUCAUGCAACAACUGGAGCGUGCAAUGUCUCGCCAGAGGUAGCUUCACGGCUGCUCUGGAGUUGCUCAAGAAAGCAGAGGCAAUGACGGAAGCUGACAAUGUCCCGAACUAUCAGCGGCGAGUGGUUCUCCGAGCCGUCACCUUCAACAACCUUUGCUGCUACUACCGCAGCCGUGGGAAGCAGAAUGCAGCAUUGCAGUUUGCCGAGCGCUGCCUCAAGAUUGAGCAGCACUACAAAGAUGGUGACAAUUUGGCGCGGACAUACCUGAACUAUGCGGUACUCCUGAGCACCACAGGUCGCAGUGUCGAAGCCCUGGAGCAGAUCGAGAAGGCAUUGGCGGCACUCCACGACCGAGAGCGGGAAGCAGAGGAAACUGCAGAGACCUCACAGAUGCUUGUGGUCGCACACUACAAUAUGUUUGUGGAGUACCUGCGUCUCAAGCAAAGUGGGGCAGGUCUACAGUGCUUGCAGAAGGCUGUGCAAGUGGCCGCCCGGAAACUGAACGAGUCGCAUACACUGACCAAGAAGAUGCGUGAGGUGCAGAUGGAUGUGGAGGAUCGGCUCCAACAGAAGGCCUUUGCGGAGAAGUUUCGCACCAGCGCCGGGAACUUCGAGGUUUCAGAUAUCUUCAUGCACUUCCAGGAUCACGAGGCACAUCCUUGGCGGAAGGUCACUCUGGACGAAACGGAUUCAGAGCGGGCACAAGAGAUCCUCUCCCAUGCCAAGCAGAUCACCUUGCGGUGUAGGAGGCCAGCGGAGCCUCCACCACCAGAGCGGCCGCUCAGGCCACGGCCCAGGUACUUGAAGACGCACCAAGUGGCAAUGCCUGAAGUACCGAGCCGCUGGUGGGAAUCUCACCCCAAGUUACUGCACUCGGAUGGCUUUGCUGGCUCGCCCAUGCUUUGCCAGCAGGCACACGGUGUCCAGCCCAUGUUGGAGACGCGCCGGAGUAGCCCUCGUACCACAGGCAACAGUUGGGCAGGUGAUGCACGCCUGAGGCUGCCCGAGAUCAAGUCACCUGAGGGGAAGCUUGUGCCCUCGCGUGUUCGGGUGCCGCCUGGGGCUCCGCCCGAAGUGGUUGCUGCAGCGGAAUACCAUCUUCGAAGGUUGCAGCUCCAGGGUGAUGUGACCGCUUUGGAGCCUGAACGCAUGCGCGCCAUCUGCGUCUUCCGUGACAGGCUUGACACGCGUCGAGAGAUGGGCUUGCCUAUUCCAACAGAUGGCAAGAAGCAUCAGGCUGCAACCAAGAUCCAGGCCAGGAUUCGAGGCUUCCUCAUUCGCCAGUGGACUCUCAAGGAGCUGGCUUGGGAGCUGCGACGCCAGAGGGCCUUGGAGGAGUCAAUCUGUGACGAAGGCAUCCUCGACGGCAAGCGCAAGGCUGCUUUUCGGGUCAUUUAUGCAGCUCGCCGGGCCUUCGUAGAGUACAGCGCAGCGGUCCGCAUUCAGAAGCUCGUGCGAGGCGCCAUCGUGCGGAUGAAGUUGCGAAAGCUGGGAUUCCCAGUUGGCGCCAUGUCGGGCGUGGCCUCGGACAGGCUAACUGUGGCCUGUGCUAAAGCCCACAAAGGUGGAGAUGCCAAUGCCAAUAAGGUUGCACUCUGCGAGGCGCCUCCCCGCCUAGGCUUUGGCUAUAGGCAGCUGCACGUGGAAUGUUUGCGAGAAAGCGAGUUGGGCGAAUAUGGAAAUGUGCCAGGAUUGCCCAGAAGCUGGCGCGUGGAUAUCUUGUCCGGCAAAAGCUCCGAAAGCAGACACAGGCAGCUGCACGUGGAAUGUUUGCGAGAAAGCGAGUUGGGCGAAUAUGGAAAUGUGCCAGGCGCUCGAGAAAGCCGCGGAUGUGUCGAUAAGAUGCCAAGCAACGGAGGCGCGGCGCGUGGCUCGGUCGGGCGAUCGGUGAAGAGCUCGCCGCACGACCUUGUUGCCAUCGAUGGUUGGCAGCUCACAACGCUUGUGACGCGUGGCUUGCCGGCUGGGCGCUUGGCUUUGCCGAGGCUGGUGAUGAAUCCAUUGCGCAGAUCCAACAGGAGCUCUUCAGUUUCGGCGGAGGCUUCGGCGAGACAGGUGGCCUGUGAGCAGUUGCAGAAGGAACUGAAGGAAGAUGUGCUCCUGAAGGCGGAGCUCGCACAGCAGGUCUCAGAGGAUUUGCGUGGAGCGUUGAGAGACGAAGCCAAUGAACGAGAGGAGCUGCGGAGCCGGCUGGAGCAGCAUGUUUCUCACACGCGAGAGGCCUUGGAUGAGAUGAAGUUGCGCUUCGAGAAACGGGAGGCUGAACUAGCAGAUCGCGUCAGGGAAGCGGAGGAGGCCCAGCGAGAGGAGCUGCGCAGUUCCAAGGCCAAGCAGCUCGGCAUCGAAGAGGGCCUGGACGAGCUGCGCCGCGCGUUGGCGGCCGAGGGGAGCGAGCGCAGGAAUGCCUUCGAGGGCAUCGUCGCGAGGCUGCAGCACCUGGAAGCAUCGGUGGGUGAUGAGGGGGUGGCCCGCGAGGAGGAGCAGCGGCAGGUUCUGCGGGAGUUGAGCUCCGCGCUGGCAAAGCUGCAGGAGGAAAAGGCCGAUCGAGAAGAGGCGAUCGCCAAAAUCACUCAGAGCAUGGCUGAACAGGCAGCGCUUCUUGAGGACUCGCUGGACAAAGAGGCGAAAGCGCGGGAGGCUUCGGUGGCGCAGGCCGUAGUGCACCUGCAGAAGGACCUCAAGACUGAGGGGGCCACGCGUGAGGAGAUGCUUCGCAGUACGGCAACCAAACUCCAGCAGCUGUCAAGCGAGCUGCAGCAAGAGAGAGAAGACCGGUCGAGGUUCUUGCGUGACGUGAACGCCUCGCUGGCCAAGCUGCAACGAAUGCAGGCCGAGGCGGCUGAGGCGGACACCCGCGCCCAAGAGAACGAUCGGCUGGUGGUUGCAUUGGAACCGCAAGAGGCGACUCCCUCAUCAGCUGCAACUGUCGAUGCGUUCGAGGUUGAUACUGCUGCCGAUGGCGUAGGGGCUGAAUUGGUCUCUUGCAUUAUUGGCAGCAUCAGAUCAAGGAGCAGCUCCCUGACACUUGAGGUGCUGGAUGCUGGGGAUGAGGUUGUGACGAAGCCGAUACAGGACCUCGUUGCCAUCGACGGUCCGGGACAGAGUCUCGAUCCAGCCUCCCUGACAAGCGUCACUCCAUCGGGUGAUGCAACCAUCAACGAGCCUCAGGACCCUCCAGAGGUUCCGGCUGAUGGCAAGAACGCCAAAGAUACUGCUGAGUUGAUGUCCGUUGACACUGGAUCAAGGAGCAAUCCCAAACCCCUUGAGAGCUCCUCGACACUUGAGGUGUUUGAUGCCAGAGAUGUGGCGGAGACAAAGGACAUAAUACCAGUACAGGCAGACUCUUCACCAGGCGUGGAGGACGUGGCGACUUCAGUCCAGGCUCGUGACGAAUCCGCCGAGAUCCGGCAGGAGACUGUCGAAGUGGAUGUAAAGGAUACGGUGCCAGAGACUGAAGAAGUAAUCGAUGCCAGAGAUGUCGCGAUCACGAAGCCAAAAGAGGACGAGGUCCGGCUGGUCCAAUCUCUCGGGGUCAGAACCUGGAUGUCCCGGUCUCCCCCUCCGAACGUCAUUGUGCGACUCCUUCAUCAGCUGCAACCGUCGAUUCAUUCGAGGUUGAUACAACUGCUGAUGGCAUAGGGGCUGAGUUGGUCUCUGGCAUCAUUGUCAGCAUUGGAUCUAGGACGGUCUUGUAAACGAGGUGCUGGAUGCUGGGGAUGAGGUUGUGACGAAGCCGAUACAGGACUGAACUCCUUUGGGCAAUUCUGCUUGCUUCAGGACCUCGUUGCCAUCGACGGUUGGCACCUCAAAACGCUUGUGACGCGUGGCUUGCCCGCUGGAUGCUUGGCGGAUCGUGCCGCAGCUCUCUACCGAGAUCAGAUUCACCCUGGUCAGAGUCUGGAGGAUCCGGCCACCCCGACCAGUGUGUUGGAUGCCAGAGACGCUGUGACAAAGGAUAUACAGGCCUGGAGCAACGGAAGUCAGCUCGGAGGCUGGUGAUGAAUCUAUCGCGGACAUCCACCAGGA